AUGACAGUACCCUCACCCAACUGUGCGAUAACAGUACCCCCACCCAACUGUGGGAUGACAGUACCCCCACCCAACUGUGGGAUGACAGUACCCCCACCCAACUGUGUGAUGCCAUACCCCACCCAACUGUGUGAUGACAGCACCCCCACUCAACUGUGCGAUAACAGAACCCCUCCCAACUGUGUGAUGACAGGACCCCCACCCAACUGUGCGAUAACAGUGCCCCCACCCAUCUGUGUGAUGACAGUUCCCCCACCCAUCUGUGUGAUAACAGUACCCCCACCCAAUUGUGUGAUGACAGUACCCCUACCCAACUGUGUGAUGACAGUACCCUCACCCAACUGUGCGAUAACAGUACCACCACCCAACUGUGUGAUGACAGUACCCCCACCCAACUGUGCGAUAACAGUACCCCUCCCAACUGUGUGA